AAACACUCUCGGAGAACGACACAGACUGUUGGUAAUCUGAUGCAAACUCUUUCACUCUCUGGUAACCGGGAAAUGACAAAGAAUUAUUAAGGAGGUCUUGACAGGAUUGAGAGAAUAAAUUUCUUAUCAGUAACGGAAACGUGGGAAGACUUGUUUAACCAGACUUAGUAAAUAUGCCUUUCUUCGGAGGCAAUUCGUCUAGGAAAGUGAUGAUUUUUUAUAAUCAUUCAGUUUGAACUCACAAGGCACAAUUGCAUGAGGGUAGAGCUACGUUAAGAGAAGAGUAAACCCCACGAACUUCUGGAGAAAAGACCUGAAAAUUGGUAUAAAACAGAUGGGGCAUACCUAAAAGGAGCUGGAGAAGAUGGAACCGGACUGGGGACGUUGGAGGGCUGUUGUUGAUGGCCUAUCCCCCAAGAAGGGAAACAGGCCUUGUAUAAAUUAAGCUAACCGAACUAGACUACAAGAGCAGAGACCAAUAACCCCACAGGGUGCAUAUUUAGAUAGGUGCUGCUACAAUUUAUGCAACAAUAAUGCUUAGGGAUAUUAGAACUAUGUAACCACUGCAUUAUUUUUGACGUCGUUGGACAAAGUUAUUAACUGCAUCUCGUAAACAAUAGGAAGCAUAUAUUUCUAGGAGGUAACACGGUUGAGAAGUGAAACUGACAGCUCAAAAAUGAGCCUCAAUAUUUGUUUAUACGGCCUCGUGGUGGUUUUGAGUUUCUGCCACGGUGAAGCGAUAUCCACUGACCAAAACACAGACGUUUCCCCACAGGCGAUAGGCCAAGAAGCACAGGACACAGCAAUUUCAAAAAGGCGGUACGGAGACGAGGACUUUCAAAAACGUUUGCGAUAUUUCAUUGGCAAACGUGCAGACGCAGACGACAAAGAGGAAGAAAAACGCAUGCGGUAUUUUCUCGGAAAACGUUUUAAUUUGGACAGUGACGUGAACAAAAGAUUACGAUAUUUUCUUGGAAAACGUGAUUCUUCAGAGGAUGACAAGAGAAUGAGAUACUUUCUUGGGAAACGUCCUGACGGAGCCGCUGGUGGAGAAACGGAGAAACGAAUGAGAUAUUUCCUUGGUAAGCGUGGAUCCAAUUUUGAAGUUGACCCUGACUUGGAAAAAAGAAUGCGUUAUUUUCUCGGCAAACGAAUGCGAUACUUUCUGGGGAAACGAUCGGACGAUGAGACGCUGGUGAACUCGACCCCUGAAAACGAACUUUCAAAACGAAUGAGAUAUUUUCUUGGAAAAAGAGAUGGAACAAGAUACUUCUUAGGAAAACGGUUAAGAUACUUCCUAGGAUAAACGUGUUCUGUAAGUUGGCUCCAGUUCCAAAAUGUACUCAUGUUGUUUCAAAUGCAUCUGCUCAAUUUUACGAGGCAAUUUGAAAUUUUUUAUUUUGUUUUGUUUAAGUUUAUUGGUUUUGCGAGAAACGUUAUCUCGAAAAAAUGAAGUAUUGCAUGGUAUUCUUAAACGUUAUUGUAUAACACAUAUAAUUUAUUUGUAUCACGCAUAUAUUUUUGUUGAUAUUCAAUUUGUUAACCGUCAAAAUAAAAGAAAAGUGUAUGAAUUGUCUCCAACUUCUCUUUGCAAAUUAUUCCAGAUCUAUCCUUUGAAUAUGAUGCAAAUUCCAUGAAAUUUAAUGCUGUUGUGCUUUUUCGUGUGGUGCAUCAUUAUAUCAUUAUUGUGAUUAAAUGGAAGCAUUCAACUGAA